AUGACAGACCACGAAUUGCUGAACUAUAAGCCCAAGACUCAUUCGGAGCUGAGUACGCAGACGUUUUCACCAUCACGGUUGCAAGCUUGGCUGAAUCUGUCGUUUGCGGAGGAUCAAGAGGCUGUCCAGGAUAAAGGCAUGCGUGAGGUUGCCAUUGCGUCAAAAGCGCUGGCUGCUGGAGAUGUGGCUGCGCUUGUUGAAAAAGAAAGGGGUGCUACUGCAGAAGGAGAUGACAUGGUCUUUCUGGAGGACCUUUUUCGGCGUGCCCCAGGAACCGACAACACGAAGGAGGCGUCAGCUCCGGUCUAUAACGCGCGUCGCACAAGCCCUUUGGCAUCUAGUGCAGUCUCUUGCUCGGCGUCGAAGCCGUCCAUUUCUGCCCGCAAAAUGAAAACUUCGCCAGCCACAUCGUGCUGGGCUGGCUCAUUUGCUACUACAAUCACUGUGUUUUUAGCGGCGGUGUUCUGCGUGGGUGGCAUCUAUCGAGCAGUGACGAUAGUGCACGGCUCUCGUGAGUAUCACUUGGCACUGAAGACGCGGAUUGACAAGUUCGAGGCGAGUAUAGCUGAAUCUCACGAGAAGAGGCUAGAGCUUGAGGAGGAGUAUGCCAUCUGGAGCGAGUAUGUCCGCAAGCUGACGGAAGAAGAAAAACUGUACGCAUGGACGCAACUGGAAGCUAUUCGAGUUGAUGUGCAGAAAUGGCAACAAGAAAUGAAAGCAGACCUCGCGGCAUUUCGUCAGGUACUUGCUGUUCACUUGAUUGAGGCCUCCUUUGCACCUUUUCACGCAAACAACACUAUGGAAACUGAGCAGUAA